UGACCUUCAAGUGCUCGCGACCCCCACAGUGGACGAUACCCUAGGAGCGUUGACUUAUUAACGUGCCUCGUAUGUCUGUGUUCACGUUUCUAUCUCGUUCCCUUCCCCCGUUAAUAAACAUACCUGGAGUAACAUCUACUCUUUGUAUCAGCCAAAAGCUUCUGCGGUUGUAUGGUCUCAUCUUUUCUGACUCCACCGGUGUGUAUGCUUUUGGACCGGAAGUACUGCGAUCUCUGCGAAAGCUGGAAAGUUUAGUUGACAAUAACAUGUUACAGCUAGGAGCUCAGCGUGUUUUGCUCCCAACGUUAGGUCCGAGACACAUCUGGGAAAAGUCUGGUCGAUGGUCUACCAUGCAGAGUAGCUUAUUCAGAGUCAAAGACAGAUUAUCUCAUGAGUAUUGUUUACAGCCAACCCAUGAAGAAUGUAUAACCAAUUUCAUUGCCUGUCUAAAUUUGUCGUAUAAGUCCCUCCCUGUUUUGAUGUAUCAGAUAACCAGCAAAUUUCGAGAUGAACCCCACCCAAAACAUGGUCUAGUCAGGGGACGUGAGUUUGUAAUGCAAGACCUUUACACAUUUGAUGCUUCUGCCGAGACAGCUGAGGAAACGUAUAGACGUGUGAAGACUGCGUAUUCUGACUUGUUGGUUAACCUUGGGUUACCGUACCUAGUUGCAUCUGCAGAUCCAGGAAAUGUUGGUGGUCUCAUUUCAGAGGAAUUUCACGUUCAAGCUGAUGUAGGAGAAGACCGAAUAUUAGUGUGUUCAAAAUGCUCCCUGAAAUUCAAUUCAGAACUUAAAGUUGCCAGCUCAUUGUGUUCUUUACAAUCUUGCCCAAAAGUAUUCAAUGAAGUUCAAGGUAUAGAAGUCGCCCACUGUUUCCUAUUGGGUGAACGAUAUUCAAAGUGUUUUGAUGCCACUUAUCAAUCCCCUUCAGGCUCAAAACUUAUGUUCAUGGGGUGCUAUGGUCUUGGAAUAUCACGUUUACUUGCCGUUUGCAUCGAACACUUGACAAGAGUUGCAUUUCCUGACAAAUCUAAAGAUCAGAUCACACAGCUUCGAUGGCCUGUCCGAAUCGCACCAUACAGCGGAUCAAUAGUUCUACAGAAGGUAGUUGGUUUAUACUUUGAGUAAUAUGGGAACUUUUAAAUAUGGAUUCUAACGACUAAGAAGUUCAGUUCUCGUAAUUUUGUUGUAUUACUACUACUACUACUACAUGUUUUUGUAAUAAGCUGGUCACAAAGCAAGUAUGUCUUCUGUACACACCUAUUAAAAUGAUGUCAACACCUGAUUACGCAGAAACGGCCAAGGACAGUGUGAAUCCAGAUGAGCUGAAAUAUAUCCUCGAUACCAUUCAAAGUGAUUCCAUCAACUUCAAGUUACUUGGUGACAUUUUAGUGGAUGAUCGCAAAGAAUUAAGCUUGGGUAGAAAAAUUCUGGAUCAAAGCCGCUUGGGAAUACCCUGGAUACUUAUUGUAAAGAGUCAGAAAGAUGGUACAUAUGAAUUGAUUGAUGUUUAUAAAGACAGAUCAUGUGUAGCUACUCUAGAACAAGCCAGGUCUGCAUUCAGUAACCCUGCAGUAUUUGAUGCAUCAUCUCUACCUUCAUGGGAUCACCGACAGAAUGAGCGCAAUUUAAAUGGAAACAAACUCAUUUAACUUGGUAAGCGCAUACAAAACAAGUAAUUUAAAGUUAAGAACUGUAAUAUAAUUUUAAACUAAAGAAAUAUGUACAAUAAAACUUGUUUGAUAAUCC